UGUGGUAGGUAAUCGCGGAUUAUUUUAUUUGAGAUUUUUUUUAUAUGAUGAGUAUAAUAUCUUUCCUAAAGACAUUGCGUUUGGAAUAAAAACCAAUAACAGUGCCAUCAAAAAAACAAAAACCCAACAUUGAUAGAGUAAAAAAAGAGGAAAAAUAAGAAAGAAAAAAAUAAAAUUUUAAUCAGUUUUGAGAAAAAGGAAGAAAAAAAUAAAAAUAACAAAAAUAUAAAUAAUUUUUUUUACGUUGGUUGGCUAUUUGCUUGAUUUUCAUUCUCCUACGGGAAGUUGUCCGUGGCGUUUGUAUAUGCGCUUUGUAUAUUACGGGUUUUGUAUGUCGGGUUUACUCACAUGUAUUUAAAAUAUUUAAUUAAAAUAUAAAUACCACAAAUAUAACUAUAGAUAUUCGUAGUAUAUACAUAGAAAAACAAAAACAAUGCAACUAAAAAAAUAACAGAAAUUCGAGGAAAUUAAUUUUUUAUGCAAUUAAAAAUUAAGUGUCAAUUAUUAUUAAAAUUCAUAUAUAUAUAAUUUAACGUUAACAUUAUAUUUAUGAAUAAAAUAAAAAAAGAAAAUAAAAAAUCAAAAAGUAAUAAAGAAACAAAAAAGAAAAACCUUUUACAUACAGAGAGAAUAACACACCAAAAUAAUAAUAAAAAUAAUAACACCUAACAUUCAUGGUCUUUAAGUUUUAGGCUGAAAAGUUUACAGCGAAAAAAAUUAAAAAGUGGAAAAUUUCACAGUUAUUAUAAAAUAUAACAAAGUAAAAAUAAGAAAAAUAAAUUUCAUAAAAAUUGUAAUAUAAAAGGAAUGAAAAAGAAAAGAAAUAUCGCCUGUAUCUUGUAAAAAGAAAGAAAAGGAAACAAAAAGUUAAGGCUAAAAAGCUGCUGUACUGUGCGUUUUGAUUAUUCAAAAUACGUGAAAAUUUCAUGAUAAAAAUAAUAAAAGAAUAUAUAUAUACAUAUAUAUAAAUAUAUAUCUAUAUCUAAUGUUUCUUAAAUAAAAUAUCAAAAAUAAUAAAAAAGUAAAAAUAAAAAAAAAAUAUAAAUUUUUUUUUUACUAAAAGUUUAAGGAAAUUUCUUGCUACUACCACCGUUGUAUCAGAAGUAAAAUGUAAAAAAAUAUAUCUACAGGAAUAUUUGUAUAUGAAUAUAAGAGAAAAAAAAAAGAAAUUGUGAAACGAAGUUGAAAAUCCAUCAAGGAAGAAAGAAAAACACAUAACAAAUAAAAUAGUUGUUCAACAUUAAAAAAAAACAUAAAAACGAAAAAAGAAUAAACAAAAGGAAAAUGUCAUUGAAUUAAAAAAUCUGAAAAUUAAAUAACAAGCUUUUGGAGGCACACUUUAUUCAAUAAUCAGAGAACUUAUAUAAAGUAGCUGAAGAGGAACUGAAUCUCAAGUUAAAAUAAAAAUAAUUUUGCAUAAUUCAAUUUUUUAAUUUUAUUUUUCAUUUUUUUUUUUUGUUUUUUGGGAACAUUUUGUAAUUUUAUGCAAAAAAAUUUUUACAUUUUACAUUUACCUAUACACACGCUUAAUUUACAUUGUAUCCUUGUUUUCAAGUGAAUGGAUAUUUUCAAAAGGAAUAAAGAAAAUAUUUUAACAUUAUAAAGUUUGUAAAAUAAACCAUGAUUCUCAGAAAAUGUGGAUAAUUAAUAUGGAGGCCAAAUUUUUUAUCAUCUGGACAGUAACAGUAUUAGCAAUUUAUAUUACAAAUGUUAGAGGAGGAAUAUUUAACACUAGUGAAGUUUUAUCCGGUUCAUGGCCCACUGAAAGCGAGUUAGAAAAUGAAUUAGAGCAAAAACGAGCCAAAAAUACACAAUGGUCACCGUGGUCGAAUUGGUCAACAUGUUCCAGAUCAUGUGACGGUGGUAUUUCGCAACAAAUAAGACGCUGUAAUGCACCAAAUGGUUGCAAAGGUGAUAAUAUACGUUUUCGUAUAUGUAAUAUGCAACCAUGUCCGGAGCAACAAGAUUUUCGUGCUUUGCAAUGUUUAGCAUUUAAUGAUGUGCCAUACGAUGGUGUUUUAUAUAAAUGGACACCACAUUAUGAUUACUCCGAACCAUGUUCCUUAUUUUGCAGGGGGAGACCAGCUCACUUGCCAGACGAUGAAUCAACAAUUCAUUCUGAUGGUGAUGAAUUGGGACAUUUUGAUGAACCAAGCGUCAUAGUUCAAUUAUCAAAUCGGGUCCAAGAUGGUACAAGAUGUCGAAUGGGUAGUUUAGAUAUGUGUAUUCAAGGAAAAUGUCAGCGAGUUGGUUGUGAUUUAAAAAUCGGAUCAAUGAAAAAAGUUGACGCGUGUGGAGUGUGCGGGGGUGAUGGUACAACAUGUACACAACCGUUAUAUCAUUGGGAUAUGACACCAAUGUCGUUAUGCUCGGCUACCUGUGGCGGUGGAUAUAAAAUGUCACAGCCAAUAUGCAAGAAUCGGGUUACUGGUUAUGAAGUCGAAGAUUCACUUUGCAGUGGUAUAACAAGACCUGAACCAUCUGUUGUGCAAUGUAAUACACAUACAUGUCCGCCUAGGUGGUUUACAGAUGAAUGGUCCGUAUGUAAUCGACAAUGUGGUGGCGGUAUUAGAGUUAGACCACUCGUUUGUGCUGAAGAAAAUAACGGAGUUAAAACUGUGGUUCCAAAAGAAUUGUGUACAAUGUCUAAGCCUCAAACACGAGAAGAAUGUAAUAUGCAUGAAUGUCCACAAUGGAUGCCAACAGAAUGGUCAGGAUGUUCGGUAUCAUGUGGUACUGGCAUACAGAUACGAGGCGUGGAAUGCUUGGAAAACGAUGGUACAUUAAGCACUAAAUGCGAACCUCACAAUAGGCCCGCACCAGUACAGGAAUGCACCACUGGAAUUUCAUGUGACGAUGAAAUACUUGUACCGAAUGGAAGGCAACAAAAACAAUUAACAUCAUCUGCAUUAUCAUCUCCGUCAUCGUCGUCGUCAUCAACUUCAACAUUUUCACAAUCAUCCCAACGUAAUAAUCCUGACAUAUACAAAAGUAGUAUUGAAGAUGACGAAGAUACAACCAGUGAGGAUGAUGAUGAUAAUGGUGAUGAUGAAGAGGAAGAUACUGAACCAGAUUCAGGUCAAACAUCUUAUAACGAUCAACCAAUUUACUCAUAUCGAAAACAAGAUACACUUCAACAUGAAGAGCAAUUGCCUAGAGCUGAAAAGCGUGUUAGUGAACAAAGACCGUCAUCGGAACCAACAUAUAUUCAAGAUACUGAAUGGUCAGCGUGUAGUGUAACUUGCGGUGAAGGUAUUCGAAGGAAAGAAUGGAAAUGUAAAAUUUUUCUUGAAUAUUCAAAAACUGUGGCCACAGUUAAUAAUAGUUUAUGCGAAGGACCACCACCAAAAGCUGAAAUCGAACAUUGUGUUAUGGAUCCAUGUAUGUUACCAUACGGUUAUGAUGAUCAAUACCCACGUGAUUCUAUUAAAGUGGGUGUAUCGGAACCAGGAAAAACAUACGUAUGGCGAGAACAGGGUUACACUAGUUGUAGCGCGUCAUGUUUAGGUGGGGUCGAAGAACUGAUAAUCAAUUGUGUUAGAGAAGACAAUGGUAGAGUUGUAUCACCAUUUUUAUGUUCACCAGAAACAAAACCAGAAGCGCGUGUUCGAACUUGUAAUGAUCGCCCAUGUCCCCCACGGUGGAACUAUUCUGAUUAUUCACCAUGUUCGAAAUCAUGUGGCAUUGGUAUUAAAACACGUGAAGUACAGUGCAUACAUGAAGUAACAAGAGGUGGAGAGAAUACAAUGGUGGUACCAAAUAAUAUGUGUCCUCAACCACCACCACCAGAUCGUCAAUAUUGUAAUGUAUUAGAUUGCCCCGUAAGAUGGGAAGUUGGCGAGUGGUCAAAAUGUUCUCAUACAUGUGGUCAAGGAGUCAAAGAAAGAAAAGUUGAAUGUAAACAGAUAAUGGCACAAGAACAUAAAAUAGAGCGCCCCGUUUCAAUGUGUCCAAGUGCAAAGCCAGCAACAACAAAACCUUGUAAUGUUAAAGCAUGCCCACCGGAAGAUCCUAAACCAAUUAUACAAGUUAGUAACUCAACAUAUAAGCAACAUGAUCCGAAGAAAAAUAAAAUUUCUCUCAAAAUUGGUGGCGCUGCUGAGGUAUUCUUUGGUACACAAGUAAAAAUUAAAUGUCCUGUAAAGCGUUAUAAUCGAACAAAAAUUAGAUGGAGCAAAGAUCAUAAGCCAUUACCGAAAAGUAGAAAAUUCAAGGUAUCCAAAAAAGGUGCCUUACGUAUUCUUGACAUAACAUUUAGAGAUAGUGGAAUUUACUCAUGUCAUGCUGGAUUAAGUUCAGCUGAAAUUAAUAUUGAUGUGAAAGCCAAACCUGGUAUGCAAGUCGAAGAUUACGAUAGACAUCGUGAUGAAUCAGAUCGAUCCGUCCGGGAACGUAGUGAAACAGAAUUUUUAACAUCAGCCGAUAUGACAUCAGAGGAUAGUAAAAAGAAACAGAAGGAUAGGAAUAAUAAAGAGAAAAGUCGAUUGAAAUCGGGUGACGGGAUGCAACAUGCAGACAGUAGUAUAAUGGAAGAUGAGUCACAACUUAUUCAACAAGCUCAAGGUGGUAUUCCGCCUCCAACGACUGCAACAAGUUCUGGUUCUAGAAGUAUUUUAAAAAUGCCCUAUUUUGAAGCACUUCUUGCUAGUUUACAGUUCCUUUGGCCAUUUCAGAAAUUUAGAAAUUCCAGAGGUCACCACAUGCUAAUUGAAAAGGGAUUUGAUUAUGGAUUUGAAUUAGAACAAUUAGAAAAAGAUGAGCCGGUCAAACCAGUGCUGCCUACAUUAAUUGCGAAAUCAGCCACAAAAUCAACAACCGCAUCAAAUACACAUACAUCAAGCGCAUCAAUGGCUUCAACAUCUGCUAAAAAUCUUUUAAUAGCUGCCAAUAAAAAUGAAACAGGGAUAAUACUUGGGCAUGGAACCAAAGAUGAUAUUCAAUUUGAGUGGAUGGCAACUGAAUGGACCGAAUGUUCGAUAUAUUGUGGAGCUGGCGGAUUAAGAAGACGACAAGUUUAUUGUAUGGUUAAACUGGAAAAUAAAACACAAAGAGUUGAUAAUGCUCUUUGUGAAGAUGCUGGAAUUGAAAUUCCAGACACGUUUGAAUCAUGCGGAAACUACGAAUGCCCACAAUGGGAAUCAGGUUUAUGGACAAAAUGUCAGAAAUCAAGAUGUUUAAGAAAAUAUACAGCAAUACAAAGACGUGAAAUUAUAUGUAAAUUUUCAAAUUCUACACUUAGUAAUAAAUGUGAAGAAAAUGAAAGACCAAUAGAACGUCAAGAAUGUUUUAAUAAAGAGUGUCGUGGUAUUUGGAGAGUUGAACCAUGGUCAGAGUGCAAUGCAGCUUGUGGUAAGCAAGGCAUAAAAUAUAGAAUAUUAAGAUGCGUGUGGCAUGGUACAAGACGGCCAGCUGGGAAUGCUUGUCGCGAUCAUCCCAGACCGACCGUAAUGAAAACAUGUAAAGGACCUCCUUGUUUAAGUAACCUAAUUGAAUGCGCCGACACAUCAAAAUAUUGUAAAAAUGUACGCAUUAUGGGCCUAUGCCGACUAUAUCGGUACCGACAGAAAUGCUGCAAAUCCUGUAGGAAUUUCAUUUCCGAUUAGAUUUUUAUGUAAUGUAUAAUUAAAUUUAAAUUAAAAUAAAUAUAAUAGAUAAUUAGAUAAAUACCUAUAUAAAUAAUUAAAUGAUAUACAUACAUAUAUAUACAUAAAUUUAUAUAUACAUCAUAACUUAUACAAAUAUAAAUAAACAAUAUUUUUUUUUUUUUUGAAAGCAAAAAAAAAUUUUUUUGACUAUAUUUAUAAUUUUAUAAAACAAUAUUAUUGUUUUAUAGUAUUAAAAAUAUCAAAAAUAAAAUAACAAAUAAUAUUUACACAAUACAUAAAUGUUAUAUAAGAAAAAUAGUCAUAUAGAAAAUUUAAAAAUAUAUUUGUACCCGGAAAAAACAAUUUCACAAAAAAUAUAUAAAUUUACAUAUUAUAAAGUUAAUAUAAAUAUAUAUAAUUAAGUAACACAUACAUAUAUCUUUAUGUACAUAUACAUAGAACUAUAUGUACGAGUACAUAAUAUUUGUAUUUAUAAAAAAAGAAUGCCAGUGUUUCGUCUCAUAUUAGUGACUUUUUUAUAAUUAUUAUUUUGACUCUUUUUUUUUGUUUUUAUAUAAGAUAUUAAUAGAAAAUUAAUUAUAAUACAUAAUAAUGUAGAAAUAUAUGUACAUAUAUAUAGAUGUAUAUACAUAAAAGGACAGUAUAAACAUAUAAACAUAUGUACGUAUAAACGUAUAUAGUUUACGAAUGCAUAAUGGAUAAAAAUAUAGAAAAGCUAUUGAUAUUAUAAAAAUAAUAAAAUUAAAAUUAAAAGGCAAAAAAAAAACAAUAAAAGAAAAAAAAAUUAUGAAAACCCUUAGAUUAAUAAUAACAAAAAAAAAAUUGAAAGAAACAUUUUGCAAUUAUAGUUUGUUAUAUAAGAUUAUUAAAUAUAUAAUAAUAUUUAAUUUUAUUACAUGCUUAUGUGUAUGUAAUAGUAGUAUAUUGUAUAUAUAUAUAUCAUAUAAUAUUUAAUUAUAUACAAAAGUAUUUGUAUAAAAAUACACAAAAACUCAACUCAAAAUAAUUAUGCAGAUUUCGAAUUAUAUAAUUACUAAUAAACGUAUAUGUAUAUAUGUAAACAUAUAGCUGUUUUGUACCAAAAAGCCUAAUCGUUCCUAAAAUAAAUGAUUAUUGAAAACAGUAAGAGCAGUAGCGAGCGCGCAUUGGUAUUUAAAUAUAAUUUUUUUUUGCUCUUUUCAGAAGAAAUAAAUUUUUUCUCGAACUACUUCAUUCGGAAAUACACGUUCAAAAAAGUAAAUACUUAGUGUGGGAAAAGAGCCCUUAUAUAGAAUAAUUAUUUAGAAUAUUUUAUCAAAAUAAUGUCAAUUAAUAUCUCUUCAUAAAAUAACAAUAUUCUUAUUAAAAAUGAAUAUUUUACUGAGUAAAAGUUAUUCACUCUUAUCAUACGUGAUUAUGUGAAGGAAAUCAAUUCGGCAGCAAUUUUCGAAUUUUGUUCCAGGAUAUUUGGCUUGAAGGUUUAGGCUAUGUUUAUAUACAUAUUUAUAUGUAUUUUUAUUUAUACCAUACAAUGUAUCAGAAAUUAGCUAACAAAUCAAUUAUACAACUAUAAAAAAAAACUAAAUAGAAAAAGCAAAAAAAGAACAUAACAAAAUUAAUGAAUUUAUAUAAAUCAAUUAUAAAAAAAUAUUUCAAAAAAUACUAGAAAAAAUUUAUAUUUUAAAACAAAAAAUUUUUAGACAAAAAAAAAAGGAUUAAACUAUAAACGAAAUUUCUAUAAUUAAAAAAUCAGAAUACCAUUAAAAAAAUAUUGACGAAAAACAAAAU